AUGCAGACAGAUGUGGCCGUUUUUGACUGGAAGACGCAGCCGUUUGAUGUCAUCCAAUCAAUGAUUUGUGAAACCGUUAGGCGGCUUGACGAGGCACUGGGUCGGCCGCCGUUCCCCAAUCCCUCACGAGAGCAGUGCCGCUCACUUGCGCAGUCGCUUGUCUACAUGUUGCGUCACACACAAAAUAACGGUCAUAUAGUGGCCCUAGCCGAAUCCCCUGAGGUGAAUAUGACGCUUCCGGUACUCUGUGCCUCCUUAACAAAUGGAUCUGAGGGAUGUAAACCGUGUUUAGUGCUGAUGGAGCUUCUCAUUGAGGCGUUGAUGUAUGUGCAUGCCCUCUCCUUGUAUCCGCUGCAAUCGACGCUUAAGGACGCUAAGGCGGUGCUUCCAUUUUCCCCUGUGACAUUUAAACUUUUUACUGUGGCAGGUGCCAUCGAUGUGGAUACCAUGCAUUUUUUUCUCGGCAUGGAUCCCUCACCAAAAGUGCAGCCGAAGCAACAGAAACUACUAAAGGGAAAUCGUCGAGUGGAAGGAUGCAAAAAGGAUUUACCGAUGGAUACGCAUAGCGCCCUCAAAAUGGGGGUUAACGCUGUUUCAAGUGACAUGCUUAACGCCGCAUUGGAUAUGGUUUUCCCAUCCGAUUGCAUGGAGGUGCCUUUAUCACUCUUUAAUACCCCAGCCAAGUUUCAACAAGUCAUUGGAAGGGAUAGUGAGUUGGCUGCCCGUGUGCUGGGUGUGUAUGGUGAUCAUCUGCUUACAAAUCUACGCCCCCUAACUCUUCUUCACUGCCUGGAUGUACCUGUCCUUGACACUUUCGUUGACGUUGUUCAGAUGCAUGGUGCGAGUGUGACAUUGCUCACAGAACCCGUCUUUACAAAUGUUCCUUUGCUGGAAUGGGGUCCUAAACGAUUGCCAGAUCUCCUUCGCUACUGCGUGGAGCGUAAAGUACGGUGUGAGGAGGCCUUUGCAAGCCUAGUGGUGUACGUUUUUCUCUACAAGCUUCUGGUCAUGUGGAGGGAGGCGCACAGUCUGUCCUUGUUCACCAUCGAGGAGGAGGCGAAGGUGUGGAUCUCCGUAUUGAAGGUGGUGCAGUUGCUAUUGCUUAACGUGGGCGCCGCAACGGAAGUUGAGGUUGAACAACUCCUCAAACCGCUCAGUGUGCUUGCUGAACUUGUACGGCGGAGGCACACGAUAACGGAGGUGAGAGAAGUGGCGUGCACCGUGUCGCAUGCGGCUGUGAGGCCCGUAUUGGAGAUGCUGACAGCCUCGCUCACGGCAAAACGAAAGACGAUAUGCACUGCGACCGCAGGAAACAGUGGAUGUGGGGGAAAUAAAAAGAAAGGAGGAAGGCGCAACAACACGCCGUCAGCGUUGUCUGCCCAAGCGGAUUCCAUGGAUUAUUGUUGCAAAUGCAUCGCAGAUUUUUUUUGCUUUUCUUUUUUGCCUGACACCACCACCAUCUGUUGUGGAAACGGAUGCCUCCUCCGCGGAGUGCGUUGUGGAAUCGCUAGCGGCUCAUCUCCUCCAGCUUGCAGAGAGUGGCGGUGGGAAGCUGCCGCAGGCCUGUACGUGGGAAAGCUACCUGAAUCUUAUUCUUUCAAUCAUAAGCCCUUGGAACGAAGGUGCUCACGUGUCAUGGAUGGGACAAAAAACGAUGUCUGCUUUUCGCUUUGCCGUGUCUGUCACACGCCGACUAGAGUGUUGCGGAAUCGUUGCCCAGCGAAUGCCUGA